AUGGCCCAUAUACGAGAGGAACUGGAUCACCUGACUGCUGGCUACAUUUCAGACACUAUGAGCUGUAUUCACACGGUGCAGGAGUUCUGCGACAGACACUCAAAAUGGCUCCUACAGAGAGAGACAGAGCUGGAGAUGAUGCGAGACAUUACUGACAGAGCGGAGAUGAUCAACCUCACAACUGACCACUUCCGAAAUUCAGAGGACAAGAAGAAGGCCUUCGGGGAGUUUAUGUGGAGCAAGGUGACCCAGGUAACCGCUGGGAAAAGGGCCCAGGAGCUGGAGAAGGAGCUGGGAUGCCUGCUCCAGGACACCUUGAAGGGGCUUGAGAAGCUGACCCUGUUCCUGGAGGCUGUGGAGAUGCUGGCGGUCACGUCGCUCUCUGUCUUCGAGGAGGAGAAUCCGGUGUGCCAGCUCCCCGAGGGGGUGAGCGCUGAUGCCGUUCGUUCAGUCAUCACCGCCGCCAGGCGAGCCUGUCCGCUUUUGAUCCAUUUCAAGAGAGACAACAGCGAAUUCUUUCUUCCCAGCCUGGUGAACGUGGACCUGCUGGCUUUCCAGCUGGACAAAUACUUGAGGGUUUCCCAGGAGUUGUGUGAGAAGCUCCAGAAAAGGACAAAGAAAGCCCCAUGCCCCAAUUUGACCAACGAAGCCAUUCAGAACAUGUAUGAACAUUUGACUCAUCUGAGGAGCAUCAGAUUAGACCAGCACUUCAGAAUGACCUACCUGUUCAGGGGAUCAGCCCAGCGGUUCAUCGGCCUGUUCAGCCUGCGCCGCUCCAGGAUGCAGCAGUUCCUGGUGGCUCUGGAGGAAGAAGCAGUGCAGCUGGACAGGAUGAAGAUGGGGGCCAGCAUCUCCAGAGUGGCGGGCAGCAGUGUAGGCUUUGCGGGAGGCAUUGUGUCCAUCGUGGGCCUGGCUCUGGCCCCUUUCACAGCGGGGGCAUCGCUGACCCUUACGAUGGUCGGCGUUGGGCUGGGGGUCACCAGUGGCGUGAACAGCUUAGCUACAGGUAUCACCGAAUUAUCGGUCAACACUCACCAUGGGAAGAAGAUCAAUGAAAUCUUCCAGAGCUACUUUGAAGACGUGAAGACUAUGCUGGAGUGUCUGGAGCAAGCGGCCAGGUGCAUUAUACCCAACACGGUGCCAGAUGUGCUGGAUGUUGCGACACGUGUUGUGACUCUUGCCAAAACCACAGGUGGCGUGGCUAAAGGGAUAGAUGUCUUAGUGGAUUGUGCUUCUGCCGUAAAGGUGGUCAGAGCCGAAGAGGUGGCCUCGAGUACAGUCAAGGUGGUGACUCAGGAAGUCAAAGCUGCCCGAAACGUCCCCAACAUGGCGGCCGAUCUCACCGAUAUCGGGCAGUUGGCUAAGGGCACUCCCCUCGCCCUAAGCAAGUCUGCCAGGGCGGGGUUCAUCGCCCUCAACUCCAUCCUCAUGGGCGUGGACCUCUUCUUCAUCUGCAAGGACAGCAUCAGCCUGGCCAAUGGGGGCAAGAGCGAUGUGUCAAAGGUCAUCCGCGGGAGGGCCAGUCUGUGGAAGACCGAGCUGGAUGCAUGGGAGAAGAUCCAUCACUCUCUGUGCAUCGGGAGAUUGAGCUUCGAAAGGAGUGAGGAGGUCCUACGGAUGCCAUUUUACCAGAGGAUGCUGAAAGGAGGGAAACCAGGAAGUGGAAAAUUGGAGUGGGGGCCUGAAGAGGAAGAGGCCUUCACUGGAUUAAAAGAGCAGUUGUCUCAAGCACCAGCCCUUCGCCUGCCAGAUGCAGAAAAGCUUUUCCACCUACGGUUCUGGGUGGGAGAACUGACAUACGUUUGCGCUCUGAGCUAA